AUGACUGGAGACAAAAAGCGCAACGUUACAAGUCUGGAUAUCACAGACCCUGGGCAAGUGGUGUACAAAGAAGACACAAUCAGCGGAGUGGUGGAACAUGAAGUAACCCUGAAAUGUGGUCUCAGCCUCCCUGAUAUCUACAUCUGGAGCUUCACAAAACCAGGCACGGAGACAAUUCGAGCCGUGGUGUAUAACUUUGGAAAGGGUCCAAAACUGCAGCGACUGGCCCAGGACUUGGGUGACCUGAACAUCAGCAACAGUGCCUCUCUGUACAUAGAGAAGCUUCCUUUAGCAGCAGAGGGCUUAUACACCUGCCAGGCUCUGUAUGACACUGCUGAAGGAGCCAAGCUUUACUACUACUACUUGUAUCUGCGUGUUCUAGUGCCAGUCUCCAAACCAUAUGUUUUAAAAAGUGACUCUUCAGCAGUUGAAGGUUUGUCACUUUGGAUGCACUGCAGUCUGGAGAAUGGCACAGAACCCAUACACUAUAUCUGGGAACAGGAGAACAGCAGUGGGCAGGUCAGCAUAUUGGCUGAGAGCAACGGCAGUCUGAUAAACAUAACUUUGGUGACCCGCAACCACACAGGUUGGUUCAGGUGCCUGGCCAGGAAUGAGGUCAAUGAGCAGUGCAGUGACCGGAUCUGGAUAGAUGUCUUAUUUGGACCUGAUCUUCCUCAGAUUGAUGGCACAACAUAUUCAGUAACAUCUCAAGGAUAUUCCGUCCUGGAAAAAAGAAACAUCUCCCUCAUAUGUCAAGCCUCCUCUAACCCUCCCAGCCAGUACAUCUGGUUCUACAACAACUCAGAGAUCUACUCUGGACCACAGCUCACCAUCACCAACAUCCUACGUGUAGACACAGGCCACUAUACCUGCCUGGCCCAGAACACUUUCCUUAACACACGUUCUAAAAAAACCAUCACUCUCACCAUCUACUACCCUCCAGAUGGUGUGCCAACUUGUUCCAUCUUCCCAGUGAACUACACUGACCUGGCCCUCUUCUGCUCAUGGAAGGGAGGUUAUCCUCCAGCUACUCUCAAAUGGAGUCCAUAUGUCAAUGGAGAGAAUGGACAAGGUAUCACUAAUGUCACUCAGAUUCAACCAGGUCUGGAGACUGCUAACAACUCCGUAUACACCUGCUAUGGCUCACAUGUUGCACUAAACUUCAAUCAGACCUGCAGCACAAGGAUAUGUGAGUAUGGGGUACAUUGCUAUGUUUAUUGUUUCUUAGGGCUGCCAUAUGGAGAACCCCAGUGUUCUGCAAACUCUAGCCAUAGUAAUGACUACCUGACAUUGUCCUGUUCAUGGGAGGGUGGAUUCCCUCAGGCUCUGCUAUGGUGGGCUUCCAGUUUUGGAGAGAUGCUGGGUACAUCUAAGGAAGCCUCCAACAUCUUGAUCCUGAAUUCAAGUGCAACGUACAAUUGCAAAACCUUUGUUUGUCAUGCCAAGCAUCCACUGGUUAAAGAAAGCAAGCAGUGUGUGAUCAAAUUGGAGAUGCCAGUGUUGAUGACUCAGCGCAGUGUGGUUUCAGUGUAUGAGGGCAGUGAUGUUCAGCUCACCUGUAUUCUGAGCGAUAACUACCCACCAGUCACAGAGGUCACCUGGUAUAACAACUCAAAUCAGAAUGUUGGUGAGGCACCCAGGAAGUAUGUCCUGCAGCAAGAUGGUACCUGGUUUAACCUGACAGUGAGGGAGACAGACAUCAUGGUGGACAGUGGACAGUACUGGUGUUCGGCUGCUAAUGCUGUUGGAGGAGCAAAGAUUCCCAUUUUGCUUCUGGUUAUGAGACACCCAUUGCCUCCAAAUGUAACAAUCAGUAAGCUCAUAUACAGUGGGCGCCAGAGAACAGAUGUUAAUUUGGAAUGGCUAAUUCAGACAGAUGCUAACCUCACUGGGUUCUUCAUCGAGUAUCAGAGGCUUCCUAUCCCUGUAGGAAGGAGUGAUAUUGCCCCUCUCUGGCAAAAAGUGGCAGAAAUUUUGAAGCCCAGUACCCGCAGCUACCAGAUCACCAAUCUGGAUCCAACCAGCAAAUAUGCAUUCCGUGUAACAGCUAUCAAUCACCGAACCGUUGGAAAUCCUGCAGAGGUCAUGAGCCCAGCGUCAGUUCCAGUUUCUAAGCCAUACAUCAUGCUGAGUGACUCGUCACCUCUGGAAGGUGCAUCAGUGUCAAUACGAUGUGACCUGGAGAAUGGUACAGAUCCUAUUUACUACUUCUGGGAACAGGAAAGCCACAGUGGCCUGGUUACAAUAUUGUCUGUGAGCAACAGUAGUCUAAUUAACAUUACCUGGGUGACCCGUAACCACACUGGCUGGUUCAGGUGCCUGGCCAAGAACGAGGUCAAUCAGCAGCGCAGUAACCGGAUCUGGUUGGAUGUCAUAUAUGGUCCCGACUUGCCUCAAAUACAUUCCUUUGGCUACUCGGUCACAGAGAUGGGAUUCUCAGUCCUUGAGAAAGAAAAUAUCUCCCUUAUGUGUCAAGCCUCCUCCAACCCCCCUAGUCAAUAUGUCUGGUUCUACAACAACUCACAGGUCUAUGCUGGACCACAGCUUACCAUCACCAAGAUCAUCAGAAUGCACUCAGGGAGCUACACCUGCAUGGCUCAGAACACUUACCUGAACACUCACUCCAAGAAAACUAUCACAAUCAUUGUUUAUUAUCCACCAGAUGGCAUUCCAUCAUGUACCAUGACCCCAGCUAAUAACUACUCUGACCUAGCUCUCUUCUGCUCCUGGGAUGGAGGUUACCCUCCGGCUACAUUGAAUUGGAGUCCACAUGUGAAUGAGAAUGGAGACAAUAGAGAAGUUAACACUAAUAUCACUCGAAUUCAGCCAGGGUCUGAUACGGCUAACAAUUCGGUAUUCACCUGCUAUGGCUCACAUGUUGCACUAAACAGCACCCAAUCCUGCAGCACCAGGACAUGGCUGUCCUAUGGAGAACCCAGGUGUUCUGCAAAUUCCAGUCGUAAUAAUGAGUACCUAAUGCUUUCCUGCUCCUGGUAUGGUGGUUUCCCUCAGACUCUGCUGUGGUGGGCCUCUAGUUCAGGGGAUAUGCAGGGCACAUCUGAGUUAGAUACCAGCACUCUGGUCCUGCGCUCCAAUGCUAACUACAGUGGCAAAACAUUUGUUUGUCAUGCCAAACAUCCACUGGUUAGAGAGAGCAAGCAAUGCGGUUUAAAAUUGGAGGCACCAGUCUUGAUGACUCAGCGCAGUGUGGUUUCAGUCUUUGAAGGCACUGAUGCUCUACUCACUUGCAUACUGAGUAAAAACUACCCCAUGGUCACAGAGAUCACCUGGUACAACAAUAUGAAGCAAAAGGUGGGGGACAAUCCCAGGAAAUAUAUCAUUCAGCAAGCUGCUGGAUGGUCUUUGACCGUGCGACAGACAGAUGGCAUGGUGGACAGUGGACAGUACUGGUGUUCUGCUACCAAUGCUGUUGGAGCAGCAGAGAUCCCAGUCAUGCUGCUGGUGAUAAUGCCAGUUUCCAAACCCACCAUGCUGCUGAGUGACUCGUCGCCAGUGGAAGGCACAUCAGUGUUGAUGCACUGUAUUGUGGAAAAGGGCACAGAACCUAUUAACUACACAUGGGAGCAGGAGAGCCAGACUGGGCUGAUCACAACACUGGCCAAGGAAAACAGCAGUGUGGUCAGCGUUUCCCGGGUCUCCCGUAAUCACACUGGCUGGUUCAGAUGCCUGGCCAGGAAUGAGGUCAAUCAGCAGCACAGUGACCGUAUCUGGUUAAAUGUCUUAUUUGGUCCAGACUUGCCUCAGAUAGAUGUCACAGCCUACUCAGUAACAAAUCAUGGAUACACAGCUCUGGAAAAUGGAACCAUCUCCCUCAUGUGUCAAGCCUCCGCUAAUCCUCCCAGUCAGUACAUCUGGUUCUACAACAACUCCCAGUUCUACAUUGGACCAAAACUUACCAUCACCAAGAUCCUCCGUAUACAAGCAGGGUACUACGCCUGUCUGGCCCAGAAUGCUAAUCUCAACACCCGCUCUAAGAAAACCGUCACUCUCAUUGUCUACUAUCCACCAGAUGGAGCUCCAUCAUGUUCCAUAUUCCCAAUAAAUAACUACACUGACCUGGGUCUUGUUUGUUCCUGGGUGGGUGGAUACCCACCACCGAGCCUAAACUGGAGUCCAUUUGUGAAUGGAGACGAUCAACAGGGUCCUGCUAACAUCACUCGAAUUCAGCCAGGGUCAGAGACUUCUAACAACUCUGUAUUCACCUGCUAUGGCACACAUGUCACACUAAAUGUUCCCCAGAGCUGCAGCACCAGGACAUGGCUGCCUUCUGGAGAACCCCAGUGUUUUGCAUAUGUGACUCAUAAUAAUGAGUACCUGAUGCUUUCCUGCUCCUGGGAGGGCGGUGUCCCUCGGGCUCUGCUGUGGUGGGCAUCCAGUUCAGGAGACAUGCAGGGAACGUCAGAGGAGAACUCUAACAUCCUAGUUCUGCGCUCCAGUGCCAACUACAGUGGCAAAGCCUUCAUAUGUCAUGCCAAACAUCCACUGGCUAAAGAAAGCAAGCAGUGUGUGUUAAAACUAGGUAAGAGUUGGUUAAUAGAGAUAUUGUUUGCUUAA